AUGGCCCUCCCACGUGAACUAGCGCAACUUGUCGAACUAGCCCAUCGGACGAACCCAACCUGGCGCGCUUAUACGUCCUUGCUCUCGCUCAAAGGUCCCUCGGCUUCCACACGAAUCAGACACUUUCUUGCUUGCCUGCCCAUCACUGACUUUUCCGUGGCCCCACCCUAGAUGCGACUCGAGCAUUUCAAUCCCUUCCUCGACAAGGAAAACUUCACGGCCACGCCAUCGCGGUGAAAGACCUCUUCUGCACGCGCGAAUUUCCCACCACCGCUUCGAGUCGUUUCCUCCAACGUUCGUUCAAAGGAAGGCUCGAUCACACGGGCUUGGGAUGCGUACUGAAGCAUGGGGCUCUCGUCUUAUCGUGUACAGACUAUGAUUCCCCUAUCGAGGCGACGGUCGUGAGUCGGCUCAAGGCGCAGGGGGGCUUGAUUCUUGGGAAAGCCAACAUGGACGAAUUUGGGAUGGGGUGAGGACGACCACACGACACUCUACUGGGGCAUCCACACCUGGUCACUCAUGCUUGGUACCCGCAGCUCGGCCAACAUCCAUUCGCAUUUCGGCCCGACGCUCAAUCCGUCCGGCCCCGAUACCAGCUCGGCGACGGGGACAGCAGCUCGGGCAGCAGGAGGCAGUUCGGGAGGUUCAGCCGCAGCAGUGGCGGCCGGGAUAGCCCGGACGUAAGCCAUAUCCCUAGGGGAUACUAAGCUACUUCAUACCUGCUAAGCCCCUCCUUGCUCCCCACAGAGCCCUCGCCUCCGACACAGGAGGGUCGACUCGACUCCCCGCAGCCUACUGCGGCGUUCUCGGCUUCAAACCUUCGUAUGGACUCCUGUCAAGAUGGGGCAUGAUUGCGUAUGCCAGUAGCCUCGAUUGUGUUGGAAUCAUGGGCAAGGAGGUUGAUGGUGUACGGACGACGUAUGGUGAGGCCGUUGACAGUGAUGGAUUGGUCCGAGUCGCUCGAGGCGCUAUUGAAAAUGAAAAAUCUUGUUUGUUCCGCGGUAUAGACGUCCUCCAAGCUCACGACCCUAAAGAUCCCACAUCCGUACCCCAAGACGUCCGACUGCGCAUCACCGACCGAACGAACUCCUUACCAUCACGAUGGAAAGAAGGUGAUCUAACAGGCCUACGGAUCGGAGUACCCGCCGUAAGAACCCCCCCCCCACUCCUCACCGAAACUUCCGCACUGACUCUAUUCCGCCCCUCUUCUUCAGGAAUACUUCCUCUCCGAGCUAUCCCCCUCCGUUCUACCUCCUCUACGUCGAGCACUUCAAUCUCUGCAGAACAGGGGUGCAAUUCUGCGCAGCAUCUCCCUUCCUUGGACCCCCUCGGCCUUGAGCGCGUACUACGUCCUCGCCUCCGCCGAGGCGUCUUCCAACCUAGCACGAUUCGAUGGGAUACGCUUCGGUACACGCUCAGCACCACCUUCCGUUACCGGACAUGGCGUAUCGAAUUCCCGUCUAUAUGCAUCCUCAAGAUCCUCCGGGUUCGGGAAAGAAGUUCAAAAACGUCUCUUAUUAGGGACCUACGCUCUGACAGCUGAAGCAUUCGAUAAUUACUUCUUACAAGCACAACGCGUCAGGCGAUUGAUCCGGGAGGAGUUCGAUCGGACGUUCACGCGAAGCUCCGUUUUGACCAAAGCCGGGGAGGAGGACGGGGAACUUAAUGAAGAAGGUGUGGAUCUCUUGCUUUACCCUUCGGCUAUCUCCACCGCGCCUUUACUUUCCUCCGUCCAGGGUGAUGAUGUAUCAGGCUACGUCCAAGAUGUCCUCAACGUACCCGCAUCAUUGGCGGGUCUCCCCGCGAUCUCCGUCCCCUUUGGAAGGUCACAGGAGGAUGGUUGGCCUGUAGGCGUUCAGCUUGCUGGUCAGUGGGGUGAGGAUGGGCUUGUUUUGGAUGUGGCGAAGGUGCUUCAGGAGGAGGCGUAA